AUGCAACUCUUCUGCACCCCUUCUCUGUCCCUCUUCCGCGCCGCUCGAUCUCUGCGGAAUCGCCUCCUCAACUCGAAUACCCUCCUCCCCGCACGCGCCGCCGCCGCCUCAGUUCGCAACUCGUUCCACUUCUCCUCGCCCUUCCACUCGCAUUCCCAAGACAAGAUCAAGCACCAGCCUGCACCAGCCGCCCUGGGCACCCUCGCCGUCUUGGGCAACGGGCUGCCUGCUGGAAUGGAGGGACACGGCGCCGUAAAGGCCGGUGAGGGAUGUGAGAGGCUCCGGAGACAAAUGAGUCCCUUCUAUCAGCACUGGGAGCAGGGAAGUUUCUUCUUUAGUGGAAAGAGCAAGUUUCUCUGA